CUGCUUACAAACAGGGAACCCGUCGGCGUCAAACGUCGACCUUGGUCUGUCAUCUCAUCGAAUCGUGCGCUAUAUCGGGAGGUUUCACGAGCGAUACAUGCUAUUUCGCCGUCGUCUAGCCACGGAAUCACCGCCCUACUCGACUAUAAAAGGCAACUCGCCUCAGGGAGAUACCAGGUGGGUAUUGCAUCCUACGCAACAACGAUGAGCAACGAGAAGGAGCUCGAGGUUGAGGCCAACUCUCUCCGUAGAGUCGCCUUUUUUGGUGUUGCCAUCUCCACGAUGGCCACCCUUGUUUGUGUGAUCUCAGUGCCGAUGCUCUACAACUACAUGCAGCACAUGCAGUCGGUUAUGCAGAACGAGGUCGACUUCUGCAAAUCUCGCUCCGGAAACAUCUGGCGAGAGGUGACUCGAACACAGGUGCUUGCCAAGGUUUCUGGAGGAGCUCUCAGAAGCCGCCGUCAAGCUGGAUACUCCUCAGCCGGUGUUGAGGGUAGCUUCGACUCGGGCUCAAACGGAGGUUGCUGCGGUUGUGGAGUGUCGCCUGCUGGUCCUCCUGGAGCCCCAGGACCAAAUGGAGAGGAUGGUGCUGAUGGUCAGCCUGGAGCACCUGGCAAGGACGGACCUGAUGGACCACCAGCUACCCCAGCUCCCCAGCACGACUUCUGCUUCGACUGCCCCGAUGGACCUCCUGGACCACCUGGAAACCCCGGACCCAAGGGACCCAACGGAAACCCUGGAGCAGACGGACAACCCGGAGCACCAGGACAGGCUGGACCCCCAGGACCUCAGGGACCACCUGGACCCCCCGGAAACGACGGACAGCCAGGAAACCCAGGAGCACCUGGUGCCCCCGGACAGCUUCACGAGGUUCCCGGCCCCAACGGACCUCCUGGACCACCUGGACCUCAGGGACCUCCCGGACCCGAUGGACAGCCUGGAUCCGAUGGACAACCAGGCCAGCCAGGACCACAAGGACCUCCCGGAGACAAUGGAGCCGCAGGAGCUCCUGGACAGCCUGGAGCCAACGGAGACAAUGGACCAGAUGGAGAAACUGGACCUGCCGGAGGAUGCGAUCACUGCCCUCCACCUCGCACCGCUCCCGGUUAUUAA